AUGUUUGAAAGAGUUGGGAUAAAAGAUGUUACUGCUGCGAAAAAUGGCAAAGAAGCCGUGGAUCUUCAUCGCAUUAAUGGUCAAAGUUUUGACCUGAUUCUCAUGGAUAAGGACAUGCCUAUCAUGAAUGGAAUUCAGGCAACAAAGGAACUUCGCUCAACGGGGAUCAGUAGCAAGAUUAUUGGUGUGUCGUCAUCAAGCCGUGAAGAGAGUAAUGUACAAGAAUUUGUUGAAGCGGGGCUAGAUGACUACUACAUGAAACCCUUGACCGAAGAAAUGCUUAGAGAAAUUCUUGAUAAGAUCAAGCCUUGAACGGUGCAAGAAUAGUGUUUACCGUUAAGU